AAAUAAAAUAAAAAGAGAGACCCGUACAUUUAAAAAUAAACAAACAAAGAAACACUACAUCUAGCAUUUUAUGAUGCUCCUAAAACUAAUCCUGCAAAGUAAAAGCAAGGCUGCUCUAUGUUUUAUGUAUGUAAGGGGAUGGAGUGGUAUGUAUAUGUGGUGAGUUUGUGGUUUGUAAAAGCAUCAACCUGUUUUCUUUUCAGAUCCUUCAAAAAUGGCAAUGGUAUCUGAAUUCCUCAAGCAGGCCUGGUUUAUUGAAAAUGAAGAGCAGGAAUACAUUAAAACUGUGAAAGGAUACAAAGGUGGUCCUGGGUCAGCAGUGAGCCCUUAUCCUACCUUCAAUCCAUCCUCGGAUGUUGAGGCCUUGCAUAAAGCAAUCACAGUUAAAGGUGUGGAUGAAGCAACCAUCAUUGAAAUUCUGACUAAGAGAAACAAUGCGCAGCGUCAGCAGAUCAAAGCAGCCUAUCUGCAGGAGAAAGGAAAGCCCCUGGAUGAAGUUCUGAAGAAAGCCCUCGUCGGUCACCUUGAGGAAGUUGUUUUGGCUCUGUUGAAAACUCCAGCCCAGUUUGAUGCAGAAGAGCUCCGUGCCGCCAUGAAGGGCCUUGGGACUGAUGAAGACACUCUGAAUGAAAUUCUGGCAUCAAGAACUAACAGAGAAAUCAGAGAAAUUAACAGAGUUUAUAGAGAAGAACUGAAGAGAGAUCUGGCUAAAGACAUCGCCUCAGACACAUCUGGAGAUUAUGAGAAGGCUUUGCUUUCUCUUGCUAAGGGUGACCGAUCUGAGGAGCUUGCUGUAAAUGACGACUUGGCUGAUUCAGAUGCCAGGGCCUUAUAUGAAGCAGGAGAAAGAAGAAAAGGGACAGAUGUGAAUGUGUUCACUACCAUUCUUACCACCAGGAGCUAUCCCCAUCUUCGCAGAGUGUUUCAGAAAUACUCCAAGUAUAGUAAGCAUGACAUGAACAAAGUUCUGGACCUGGAGUUGAAAGGUGACAUCGAGAAAUGCCUCACAGUUAUUGUGAAGUGUGCUACAAACAAGCCAAUGUUCUUUGCUGAGAAGCUCCAUCAGGCCAUGAAGGGUAUUGGAACUCGUCAUAAGACACUGAUCAGGAUUAUGGUUUCCCGCUCUGAAAUCGACAUGAACGAUAUCAAAGCAUGCUAUCAGAAGUUGUAUGGCAUCUCUCUCUGUCAAGCCAUUCUGGAUGAAACCAAAGGAGAUUAUGAAAAAAUCCUGGUGGCUCUCUGUGGAGGAGACUAAACAUUCCUUUGAUGAUCUCAAGCUUUUUGAUCAGAAGACUUUUUAAUCAUCUUUUCAUUCCAUAUCAUAGAUUUAAAUAGGGAAGUUUCUUCAGUAGGUUUAUAGUCUAGUAACUUCUUCCUGAAAAAUAUAGCCUAUAAAUCACUUUUUGUAUUACAACUCUAUAAAAUAAAGACAAAUUUUUUUUUAAAAAUAUAGUUAUUCCAAACUAUAAAACCCUAUAAAGAGGUUGUUCUAGUAGCAAUGCCUAAGAAAAAUGUUUACCUUGCAGAAAAUAAAAUUAUUUUACAGGACA